AUGUCAACUCCGGAGGAGGAAUUCAAGCUCUACCACUAUGACCCGUCGACGGGGGCAGCGGUCACCUUCAUCAUCUUCUUCUUGGCCAUAACGGGUAUACACGCGUAUCAGAUGAUCCGCACGAAGACUUGGUUCUUCACCGCCUUUAUUAUCGGCGGCUGCUUUCAAUGGAUCGGUUAUAUUGGGAGAGCAAUAUCGAGCAGACAGAGCCCCGACUGGGCACUCGGCCCUUACCUUAUUCAAUCCGUGUUACUCCUCGUGUCGCCUGCCCUCUUUGCCGCCAGCAUCUACAUGAUACUCGGACGAAUUAUCCUUCUCACCGACGGCGAGCCACAUUCGAUUAUUAGAAGGACAGCUGACAAAGAUCUUUGUGCGGGUAUCAUGGCCAGCAACUCAGAAGGAUCAAUGUCGAGAGGAGAGCGUAUUGUGACCUGGGGCUUGGUGGUACAGGUCGUCGUCUUCUCGCUGUUUGCUGUUACAGCUAGCAUCUUCCACAAGCGAAUGCGGCAGAACCCAACGACCAAAGUAUUGGCACAGAACCUCCCAUGGCAGUCGCAUCUCAUGGUUCUUUACGGCGCAUCACUGCUCAUUAUGGUUCGGUCGGUGUUUCGACUAAUUGAAUACGCGCAGGGAAACGAUGGAUACCUGAUUUCGCAUGAAAUCUUCCUGUACCUUUUCGACAGCGUUUUGAUGUUUGCGACAAUGGUUGUGUUUGCGUGGUAUCACCCGAGCGAGGUAUAUGCGCUUCUGAAAGGAACCGGGGGCAUGGCAGUCCGACGGCUGACUUCGGUCUACUCAAUGGCCUGAGCAUAGCCGAGUCUGGAAGAGGGACCCCGGAGAUCGGCAAUCCUACUCACAGUCCAAAAGUUGACUUUAAUUGCUUGAGCCUGGCCAGAUCGAAGGGGGAGGGGAGCAGGAGGGAGAGGGAUGAAGCGGAUGUACUUGUUUUUGUUUUUGUUCCCAACCCAGUCGUUUAGAUGAAAUUUCAUAUGUACUCCUUUUCGCCUUAGUCUAUUUCUAUAUAUAAAAAGC